AUGUAUUUUUUCUUUGAUGGCGGUGUUAAAGCCAUGGCGACCAUCAUGGGGCCUCCUGACUGUCCGUAUUCUGGUGGAGUGUUCUUCCUGAACAUCAACUUCCCAUCCGACUACCCCUUCAAGCCGCCAAAGGUGCACUUCACUACGAAGAUCUACCAUUGUAAUGUGAAUUCGAACGAGGCGAUCUGCCUCGACAUCUUGAAGGACCAGUGGAGCCCAGCGCUGACGAUCUCCAAGGUCCUGUUGUCCAUCUCGUCCUUGCUGACGGACCCGAACCCCAACGACCCGCUAGUGCCAGAGAUUUCGCAGAUCUACUUGAAGGACCGGGCCAAGCAUGAUGCCACGGCCCGUGAGUGGGUGCAGAAGUACGCCACCUGA